ACCUUUUUCAGCUUCCCAAGUUGAAAGCUCCUAUCGUCUCCCAGCAUCAUCAUCUUCUUCCCUUUCCUACGAUAAAGCUAGGCCUCUGCUUUCCUAACUCGGAGAGAGAGAGAGAGAGAGAGAGUCUCUUCUCUCGCAGAUAUCGAUUUUGGCAAGGUUGAUGUAACAUGUCCUUUCAUCAAGAGGACGAAAUCGAGUACAUGGCUGAUGAGGGUGAAAUGGCUGAUGUUGUGGAUGAGAUGGACGGAGAAUUUUAUGGUCGGGGGAGCUCGGAGCCUGAUGAUGAGUAUGAUAUUCUCACUAGAGUGACAGAUACAUCAUCUGCUCAAGCCCGGAGAGGAAAGGAUAUUCAGGGAAUCCCAUGGGAUAGAUUGAACAUAACUAGGGAAACAUACAGACAGACCAGGCUGGAACAAUACAAGAAUUAUGAGAAUGUCCCUUUGUCUGGGGAGGUCAUUGACAAGGAAUGCAUGCAAAAGGAAAAAGGCGGCAGUUAUUAUGAGUUCCGCCACAACACAAGAACUGUGAAACCCACGAUUCUUCACUUUCAGCUUAGAAACUUGGUGUGGGCCACCUCAAAGCAUGAUGUCUAUCUCAUGUCAAACUAUUCUAUCAUUCACUGGUCGUCAUUAUCUUGCAAUUCAUCAGAAGUUGUCAAUUUUUCGGGGCAUGUGGCACCUUCUGAGAAACACCCGGGAAGUUUGUUAGAAGGUUUUAUACAAACCCAAAUUAGCACACUUGCAGUCAAGGACAAUUUGCUAGUUGCUGGGGGCUUCCAAGGAGAACUUAUUUGUAAGCGUUUGGAUCAACGGGGAGUCAACUUCUGUGCAAGGACAACCUUUGAUGAUAAUGCGAUCACAAAUGCUAUUGAGAUAUAUGACAGUUCAAGCGGUAGCAUCCAUUUCAUGACAUCAAAUAAUGACUGUGGUGUGCGAGAAUUCAAUGUGGAGAGGUUUCAGCUUCUGAAUCACUUCCGGUUCCAGUGGCCUGUGAAUCACACAUCUGUGAGUCCAGACGGUAAGCUAUUGGCAGUUGUCGGAGAUAACCUUGAUGGGUUGCUUGUGGAUUCCCAAAAUGGAAAGAUGGUCGCUUCUUUGGUGGGUCAUCUGGAUUAUUCGUUUGCUUCGGCAUGGCACCCAGACGGUCGUACGUUUGCUACAGGAAAUCAGGACAAGACAUGUCGAGUGUGGGAUGUCAGGAAUCUAUCAUCACCUGUCGCUAUUCUCAAGGGAAACAUGGGCGCUGUUCGAUCCAUCCAUUACUCUUCAGAUGGGCGGUUCUUGACGGUGGCAGAACCUGCAGAUUUUGUACACAUUUAUGAUGCCAAAGUGGAUUACAAGAAGCGUCAAGAAAUCGAUUUCUUUGGGGAGAUUUCUGGGGUGUCUCUUAGUCCAGACGAUGAGUCAAUCUUCAUUGGUGUGUGGGACCGGACUUAUGCCAGUUUGCUUCAGUAUAGUAGAAGGCAUGCAUAUGGUUAUCUUGAUUCCUAUGUAUGAUUGGAGGCUGUGUUUCCCGUUCGUUUUCAUUUUGAAUGACUGACUCCACCGCCCAAGAAAGCACAACCAUCUCUGAUUCAAUAACGAUGUUUGCGUCUGCUGGUUGAGAUGCGCUAUAAAUAGCAAUGGUUACGAACAUACAUACUUGUACAGUAAAGAUGCGUCUUUAUGGCUGUAGAGCAUGGAAAAAUCUUCUGUGGUAUGGGAUUUUGGAGAAGCUGAAGCUUUUCAACUUGUAUGGAAGAAGCAAAGCUGCUUGGCGGUCAGUUUUUGGUUCUUUCUUUCUCAAUCUUCGGGGAAGGCAACUGUCUAAAAUGUCAUGGACCAAACAAUUGUGGUAUCUUGAGGCUGUUUCAAUUCUUGCAUCAGCAAUUUUGAAAUAAUAUUUGGUAGAUCAAGUAAUAGAAUCAGGAAUUCUUGCACUGUUAAGCAAAUGUUUUUAGUAUAAUAUCCAUCUGAAUGUCC